UCAGGCUUUCUAGACUCCUCUCUCACUCCCAUUCCAAAGCUUCAUCUUGGAAGCCAAUCCAAAUGGAGAUUUUCAUCUUCACGUCCGGACAACCUUCACUCCCAUGGCCUCUGUUUUCGUUUCUUCUUCAUGGUUUCUCCAAAGAACCACAUCUCCUCCUCUUCAUUUUCGCUCAAAGAUACAAUCUUGGAACCCGAACCAUGGCCAAAGCUUUAAGCUUUCUGUUAGGGAGGUACAGAGACCUAAGUUCUCAGCUCAAGACCAAGAAGAGCAAAUCAUGGCGCCAUCUUCUCCUUCCACCUCCUCUGUAGCUAUGGUUUCCGAAGAGGAGGUUGAUGAUAAGCCUGCAGAAUCCACAGCUGAGGGUAACAGUGAGGAAGAUGGGGACAAAGAUGAGAAGAUGAAACAGCAGGAAAUGGAUUGGAAGGCUGAUGAGGAAUUCAAGAGCUUCAUGGGCAAUCCAUCGAUUGAGGCCGCUAUCAAGCUUGAGAAGAAGAGGGCUGAUAGGAAGCUCCGGGAGCUCGACCAGGAGUCUGCAGGCAAUCCUAUUGCUGCGUUCUUCAGGAGAGCAGCAAGGGAGAGCUUGGAGAGAGAGAAAGAGAGGUUGGAGCAAGCUGAGGAGGCUUUCAAGGCAUUGGAUCUCAAUAAGUUGAAGAGCUGCUUUGGCUUUGAUACUUUCUUUGCUGUGGAUGUCCGGAGAUUUGGAGAUGGAGGGAUCUUUGUUGGCAAUUUGAGAAAGCCUAUUGAAGAAGUCAUACCAAAAUUGGAAAAGAAGCUCUCAGAAGCAGCAGGACGAGAUGUGGUUCUUUGGUUCAUGGAGGAGAAAACUGAUGACAUUACCAAGCAGGUAUGUAUGGUGCAACCAAAGUCAGAGAUGGAUCUUCAGUUUGAGUCUACAAAACUGAGCACUCCUUGGGGAUAUAUCAGUGCCAUACUUCUCUGUGUUGCGACCUUCGGAACCAUUGCACUGAUGAGUGGAUUUUUCCUUAAACCAGAUGCUACAUUUGAUGACUAUGUAGCUGAUGUUCUCCCUCUUUUUGGUGGCUUUCUCUCCAUCUUAGGUGCCUCUGAGAUUGCUACGAGGGUUACAGCAGCUCGCUACGGUGUUAAGCUAAGUCCGUCUUUUCUUGUCCCAUCUAACUGGACUGGGUGCUUAGGAGUGAUGAAUAACUAUGAAUCCCUAUUACCUAAUAAGAAAGCUCUAUUUGAUAUUCCUGUUGCCCGCACCGCAACUGCUUAUUUGACAUCACUAGCACUUGCUCUUACUGCAUUUGUGGUUGAUGGUAGCUUCAAUGGAGGAGACAAUGCUCUAUUUAUAAGGCCGCAAUUUUUCUACAACAACCCUCUGCUAUCAUUCAUUCAACUAGUGAUCGGGCCUUAUGCGGACGAACUAGGAAAUGUAUUACCAAACGCUGUUGAAGGAGUUGGAGUGCCUGUGGAUCCGCUCGCCUUCGCUGGACUUUUAGGGAUGGUUGUGACUUCUUUAAAUUUACUGCCAUGCGGAAGGCUUGAAGGAGGGAGAAUAGCUCAGGCAUUGUUCGGAAGAAACACAGCUACAUUGCUCUCUUUCGGGACAUCUCUUCUCCUCGGCAUCGGUGGGUUGAGUGGCAGUGUUCUCUGCUUGGCUUGGGGGUUAUUCGCGACAUUCUUCAGAGGAGGAGAUGAAAUUCCGGCCAAGGAUGAGAUCACACCUGUAGGAGAUGAUAGGUUUGCUUGGGGCAUUGUCUUGGGCCUUAUCUGUUUCCUGACUCUCUUCCCAAAUGGAGGUGGCACCUUCUCAAGCUCCUUCCUCAACCCACCAUUCUUCCGGGGAGACCUCUGAAACUUCUUCUCCAGUUUCAAGCUAAUCAGCAAUGCACAUAUAAGCAAAUAUGUUUUGUGUCAUUUGUAUUUAUUUGUUACUUUCUGUACAUGCAAUUAUCCAAUGCACUGCUCAAUUAUCUGAAUGAAUCAAUUAUGCAACAAUGAUUCUAUGUACAUUUCUGCAAUUUCCCAAUCAAGUAUGUGACAAUGUACAUACUAAUAAGCUAUUCAAUUAUCUGUAUGCAAAGUACAAGCAUUGUGAAGAUCCCAA